AUGUCUAAACUGGCCAGUUCAGCCUCUUGUGAUACCCCACGUCAGGUGUUCUGGGAAGUCAAAGAGAGACGAAGCAUUGAGCAAGAAUGCAACACUCAAAUUCCUGAAGUGGAUGUCCUGGAUCGAACCUCUACUUGGAUGGAUGAUAUCACAGCUUAUAAAAUUGAUGGUACGCUUCCGGACGACUCGCGCCUAGCAGCUAGAAUACAAAAGAAAACUUCUUGGUUUGAAUGGUGGAAUGGUGGAACGGAGCCUUAUAUAAGAAGUCGUUCUCCCGACCUCUCUUGCGAUGCGUCACGCCUGAGAAAGGGAAAGAGGUUCGGGAUACCGCGAUCUAUCGUCUUUGAUAAUGGACCUCAGUUCGAGAUGCCCAAGCUAAAAGAGUGGCAAGCGGACCAUGGGAUACACAGUUGCUUCGCCUCUGUGGGACGUCCACAAGCCAACGGCCAGGCUGAUUCUGUUUCUGAUACUGCUGCCUCCCCCUUUACAACAUUGUCUAAGUUCAUUCUUUGGGUGCAAAUGUCAGUUAUGGACCGAAAAUGGAUGCAUGCUAAGCGAUGUAGUGAUGAUUAUAAGCUAGGAGUAGAGGAUUUUAUUUCAUUUGCAAUUGAACAUGUGGAGGAUGAGAAUAAUAUUUUGUGUCCAUGUGUUGAAUGCAAUAAUAUGGUUCGACUUGGUGUUGAUGCUAUAAGAGAUCAUCUUAUUACUAAGGGUAUUAAUCAACUGUAUAAGUGCUGGUUAAGCCACGGUGAGAUUUUAGGGGAUGCUUCUUCUAACGUAGAUACUGGUAUGGGAUUCGAUACUUGGAUGGAAGACGAGACACAUGAAGAAUUUAUGUAUGAUGAUGACGGGGUAGAAGAAAUGAUUAAUGCCUUACAAGAAAGCAUUCAAGAUUGUCCAGAGAUGUUGGAGAACUUGUCUAGUGAUGCAAAGAAACCAUUGUAUAAUGGAUGUUCUAAAUUUAGUAGAUUAUCGGGUGUGCUAAAACUACUUAACAUUAAGGCGAGUAAUGGCGUGACCAAUAAAUGCUUUUUUCAGUUCAUGGAAGCAUUCCAUGAGAUUCUUCCCGACGGAAACUUGCUUCCUUCUCGCACUUAUGAUGCUAAAAAGAUGCUAACCUCAAUUGGCUUGGGUUACGAGAGAAUUCAUGCUUGUCCAAAUGAUUGCAUCUUGUAUCGAAAAGAGUAUGCCUCAUUAGAGAGUUUCCCCGAGUGUCAUGUUUCGAGAUAUAAGCAAAAUAAGGUGCCUGCCAAAGUCAUGUGGUACUUUCCAAUAAUACCAAGAUUCAGACGUCUUUUCAGUGUUCCAGAAGAGGCAAAGAAUUUGACAUGGCAUGUGGAUUCGGAUGGAAGAGAGAAAGAUGGUAUGUUGAGACACCCUGCCGAUUCUCCACAAUGGGUCAAGAUUGACAAAGACUUCCCUGAUUUCGGAGCUGAACCUAGGAAUUUGCGACUUGCCCUUGCAACUGAUGGUAUGAACCCUCAUGAUAAUCAACGUAGCACUCAUAGCACAUGGCCGGUAAUUUUAAUGAUAUAUAAUCUUCCUCCGACCUUGUGUAUGAAGCGGAUGUAUAUGAUGCUAUCUACAUUGAUUUCUGGCCCAAAGCAACCAGGCCAUGAUAUUGAUGUGUAUUUAGCACCAUUAGUUGAAGAUUUAAAGUUGUUGUGGGAGUCUGGUGUUGAGGUGUUUGAUGCUCACCAUAAAGAAUAUUUCAAUUUAAAAGCCAUGCUUUUUGGCACUAUUAAUGACUUUCCAGCAUAUGGUAAUCUCUCGGGAUAUAGUGUCAAAGGUUAUAACGGAUGCCCUAUAUGUGAUGAGAACACAUCCUCGAUUAGAAUACCUAGCUCUAACAAGAUUGUGUACAUGAUAUUUAAGAAAGUGCAAGGGUUGAAUGUGAAACAUGGAAAACUAAAUGACAACCAACUCCCUAGUAAGGGAUAUAAGAAAAAGUCAAUUUUAUUUGGUCUUCCAUACUGGAAGAACUUGUAUGUUAGACACUUUCUUGAUGUGAUGCAUAUUGAGAAGAACAUUUGUGAAAGUCUCGUUGGCACACUCCUUAAUAUGCCUGGCAAGAGCAAAGACGGGGAAAAUGCGAGAUAUGAUUUAGAGCACUUGAAAAUUAGAAAAGAAUUGCAUCCUGUAAAGAAGAAAGGAACUCGUACUUAUCUCCCUCCGGCAUGCUACACUCUUAGUAGGAAAGAAAAAAAGGUACUUUGCGAGUCUUUACAUGGAAUUAAGGUUCCCGAGAGAUAUUCUUCUAACAUUAAAAUCUUGUCUCGAUGA